AGUAUGCCCUGCCCCUCUCUCUCUCUCUCUGGGUUGAGGAGGUGUACACCCGAGACAAAUGUGAACUCUGAACUCUAUCCCACUGAUAAAAGGGGGUGGGGCAAAUUUGCACAGUGAGGCUGCUGUCUUGCUGUUUUGGAAAUCUGGAAUGAGGAAUACUAUCUCGGAGCCAAAGGAAAUUCUUUGUGGGUCUGGCUGCUGGGCCUAGGAAGAAGGAAACAUGUAACUGAGCUGUGUACAAGAGGUGGAGGAGAUAGCAGCUGAGCGAAGACUGUACUCUGUCCUGCUCCCAGUCUCCCAUGAUGUACCUUAUCAAAGGCAUUUGAAUUCCAAACACACUGAAAUUUGUGUUCGCCAGCAAUCACCCGGACUGGCUUGUACCAUGAAAUCAAAAAUGCAGCCAGAUCUCCUGAACUUCAAGAAGGGCUGGAUGUCCAUUCUCGAUGAUCGUGGUGAGUGGAAGAAACACUGGUUUGUUCUGACAGACUCCAGCCUGAGAUAUUACAGAGACUGCACAGCAGAGGAGGCCAAUAAUCUGGAUGGAGAGAUUGACUUACGAAGCUGCAGCAAUGUGACCGAGUAUCAGGUUCAACGGAACUAUGGGUUCCAGAUCCAUACAAAAGAGUCCAUUUAUACCCUUUCAGCAAUGACAUCUGGGAUUCGGAGGAACUGGAUCGAGGCACUUCGAACACACGUUCGUCCAACUACUGUACCUGACGUGACAAAGAGGAACACUUGGAUGAAAACACCGCCUCCUAAAUCCAGUUUAACAGAGAGUAACAAGGAAAAUACUUUCCGUGACACUAUAGCACGAAGGAAUGCAGCAAGACAGGAAGCAGCGAUCACAGCUGACAAGACCCGGCUGGAGGUCCCGCGGAGCGCCCGCAGGCCAGAGGGCCAUGAGCAGCUCCUGCCACCAGUGGAGAGUGUGGAGCUGGAGCCCGUGCAAUCACCUGCCAAGGCAGAGGAGCUGACCCGUGAACAGGCCCAAAGGAUCGCUGAACGUAGCAGGUGGUUCGAGUCCACAAACCUGAAUGACUGCCCAAGGAAGGGGACAGAAUGGAACUCCCCACUUGUCCAAAUCUCUGAGGCCCUCAACAAGGACAUUGAGGUGAAAUGGCAGGAGCUCGAACGUAUUCCGUUACGGGAUCAUAAGCAGGUCCCUAUCAUGCCCUUGCAAUCUCCCAAUCCUGGUGUCAAUGACAAUGGGGUCACCGAGCGACUGAAGAAGGAGAUCUCCUCCCUGAACGUACAGCUGGAUCAGGCCAGGAGAGAGCUGGAAUCUUUCCAGGAGCAAAGGUCUCGGCUCCAUGGACAAGUAAACUCCAUCGAGGGACUAAGAACGCAGAUUCCAAAAGGCUUCAUCUCUCAGGAAACCUGUGAGCGUAACUUCAGGGAGAUGGAGGAGUCCCAUCGGAAAGCAAUGGAGGAACUUCAACGGCAACAUAAACGGGAGUUAGAGAAGGUCCAGCAAGACAAGGACCGACUGUUAUCCGAGGAAGCUGAUGCCACCAUUUCUGCCAUUGAAGCUGUGAAGAAGGCUCAUCGUGAAGAGUUGGAAAGAUUGCGGAGCACUCAGAACAUUUCAAACAACAGUGAUUUGGAGAGGCUUCGCAAACAGCACCAGGAGGAGCUGGAGUCACUUCAACGGGAGCUGCAGGUGCUGUCAGAACAAUACUCCCACAAGUGCCUGGAGAUUAACUACCAGAUGAAGGAGACGCAAAUGCGGGAGAGGGACCUGUCACGGAGCCAACGAGAAAAUGAGGAGCUGCUUCGACAAAACCAGGAGCUGAAUGGCCAGUUAUCAGAGGAGAUUGCCCGAAUACGUGCACUUGUGACAGGAAAGAACCAUGAUAACAUUGGGAAUUUACCUGUCACUGGUGACAGAGAUACCUGUGAAUUGGAGGUAUUACUGCGGAUUAAGGAGAAUGAAGUGCAGAAUCUCAGGAGGGAGACUAUGUGCCUACGGGAUGAGCUUCAGUCUGUGCAAUGGGAUAAGAAGUAUGCAACAGACAGGUACAAUGAAAUCUACACGGAGUUAAGUGUCAUGAAGGUCAGAACGGAGCGUGAACUCAAUCAGGUUAAAGAACAGUUAAAGCUGGCUAUGGCUGCACUCAAAGAAAAAGACACCUUGCAGAACAGCAUCACAAAAUGAAGACCAGGGCCCUGGCAUCACCACACAGGAAGAGAAGUUAAAUUUAAUGCUUAAGCCUUCAGUAAUGAUCCAAGAUGGUGAAAAUCCCUGUGAACAAGGAGCUGUGAAGAAGACAACCACUCCUUUUUCUUGCCUUUUCUUAAUAAGUUCUCCCACUGUGGAUUACUGCUGUGAAAUUAAAAGUGAAUAGACAUAUAGAAAUGUAUUCACACAGGUUAUCAAUUUAAUCCCUUGCUGCCUUUGAAACCCUGUUUUCGGCUCCCAGCCAAGCACCCCUCAGUUUAGUUGUCACCACAGUGACGUUAUGCUGACGGUGGUCUUCCAUCAUCCAAUGCUCACAGAUUGCUGACUGUAUUCUGCAGCAAAUGCUACUUGCUGGGUUGCUCAUAUAGCCCCCUCCCUUGCAUUUCUCCCUUUUAUCCCUGUGGGGCACCAGGAAUUAGGGUUGCCAACAUCCCCCAAAUUGGUCAUCAGAAUGUUCAUCUAGCCAAUGGGAAAGCAAGCAGGCUCUAUGUUACUCAAUUAGACAGCUUUUGACUGUCACUCAAACUCCCAACAUUUUUGUAAUUAUUCAAACAAAUGUUGAGAGGCUUUUUAACUUGAUAUUUCUUCUCCAGGGCUUGCUUGUCCCUGAGCCUCUUGGGUAAUCCUGCAAGAGUUAACAAUCCUCACUGCAGAUCCACUUGGUGUAACUGACUGUAUAGCAAAUCCCUUUACCCACUUUUGGUAAACAUUGCAUUUAAGAACAGCUAUUUUUUAAAGAAAUUGAAAGCAGUUUAUUAUUCCUAUUAAAUGUUAUAUAAAGCACUAUUUGAGGGUAACAUGUUGCAAUGUUAAGACAUAAUAGGUGGGUCUUUAAUAAUAGCUUAUAUGGUAUUUUUUGUGUAUUUGUCCCAUCAUCAGUCAGAUGCUCCCUUAAAGCCAGCACUUAGGCUGUGCCUAGGAACAUAGGACAUGGAACAAGGGAAAGCAGUCGAUUGAGCCCGUUCCACUGUUCAGUCACGGAAGGUCUGCUUAAUUCCAGCAGCCUCCCUUGGUUUCACAACCAUUAGCACUAGCAUUCAGCAGGAACUAUUGAAGGGGAUGUCACCUUAUGUCUGCCUGCUGUCAUGGAGUUCAAAGAUAACUGUUGAAAGUCACAUUGCAAGAGAACAGUGAGAAAUCUCUUUUUGUUUCUCUUUGUCCUGUUCUCCUGGUCCCACAUUUCACUGAUUCUUGAAGGGUGUUGCUCAUACACAGUAACAGCUCCUUGAGCUCCCUCUAUCUGGACCUUACCCAAGUGCCCUGAUAUCAUGUGUAGUUUGGUUUAUGUAGAUAUGUGGGGGGCCUGAACAUCAGCAGUCGCCUGUAAAAAAAAAACACCUUUACAGAGAGUCUCUGAUCAAUGCCAACAGAAUUUCAGGAAGGUCUGACUGCUAUGGAUGCUCCACUUCUGUUAAUAUUAGUCGUGUAGGUACAAGAUGCAUGAAGGGAGCAGAGAAAACAUUGUAAAUGUAAAUGGUCCCAAAGAAGGCAGAGAAGAGUUGGUUCAGUUACGUUUGGUCAGCUGUAGCCACUCAUCACAAUGUUUCAGUUCAAAUGUCAUGGAUAUGGUGAAAUCCAUGCACCAAAGUGCCUUUUUGUCUAAUAUGGUGUGUAUACCACCUCCUUGUAUGGAAACACUAUUAAUGUAGGUAGAUAUGGUUCAAUCUUAACUACCCUCUGAAAUGGCCAAGCAAGCCACACUGUUUUAAUGUCAGUUAAGGAUGGGCAACAAAUGCUGGUCUUGUCUAUGACCCUACAUCCCAUCAAAAAAAUAAAUUGUUAUAAAGUUAAUUCAUCUCCAGUGAACAUUGCUAUAUACAGGCUCAAGAAAAGCUAAGGAACAUUCAAGUGAUUAAGUUAAAUCAACUGAAACUGCACAGUAAGGUAACUAUUGCACCAGCUAUCCAGCCGUUAAUCCCUUUAGGCAUGGCCUUGCAAGAUUACCUAAGGAGUUUUGGAGCCCCCAAUGAUUGCAAUCCUCACUCCCACGCCCUCUCUCCAGGCUGUCAUACCCAUCAGCAGGCAGGACCUGACUCAUUGUCAGUCUUCCUGGCAGUCCCUCUUCCCUGUCAGAUGUACUUGACUUCAAUCUUUUAUUGUCAGGAGCAUGAGCCAUGAACAAAACUGACCCAUCCAAUGUGUCUGAUUUACCAGGCUGUUGUCCAAUAUCUGGUCCUGAAGGAGCAUAAUUUUCCUUCUGUCCUAACCACAAAUUCCACUCCCUAACUCACCAUCUACUCAACACCCGCCUGCGUUCACUGAUGUGCACUGAUUCCCAGUCCACCAAGCCAUGAAUUUUAUAACUCUCAUGCUUGUUCUCAAAUUGUUACAUAGCUUCACCUUCCCUCUUUGUAAUCUCCCCAUCCUCACAACUCUGUGAGAUCUAUGCAUUUCCCUAGUUCUAGCCAUCAUCCUAUCAUUAGCAGAUCUACCUGUAUCUGCCUGGGCCCUAAGCUCUAGAAUUCCUUCCCUAAAUCUCUCUGCCUCUCUACCUAUGAUUCCCCUAAACUGUGUUGCCAACAAGGACCUGAAUGUUCUCAUGAGGGCUGCACACACGUUCGUCCCUUUAUAAUGCUACAUCUGCUUGGUCACAUAAGAAUCUUUAAAAGACCUGCAGUUUUUUGUCACCUGUCUUAACAGCUUCUUAUCUAAUUCAUGGGUAACCCUAUUCCUUCUACCCAAGAUAUUUUGCUAUGACAAAAACAUUGCAUCAACAUGAGUUUUUUUUUUAGUGUACCUUCAGCCAGCUAUCACAUAAACAGUUUGGACAUAAUUCCUGCUACCCAAUGUCUCUGACCAUAAGUGUCUAGUCUCAAUUUCUCCAAUGCCACUGUAAGUUGUGGGUCUCAACACUCAAGAAGCCACUUGUUUUAUUUAUCAAUAUGCUGCAAUGAAGUUACUGUUUUUGACAUCAGAUAAAUACUUGCAACAAAGGGGAGGAAAAAAAACUGUGUACACAAUUCUUUUUUAUUUACUCAUUCACAGGAUGUGAGGGUCACUGGCAAAACUAGCAUUUGAUGUCCAUCUCUAAUUGCCGUUGAGAAAGUGAUGGUGAAGCAUCUUUUUAAACUACUGUAAUCCUUCUGGUCUGGGAACACCCAUAAUAAUGUCAGGGAGGGAGAUCCAGGAUUUUGAUCUGAUGACAGUGAAGAAAUAGUGAUAUAUUCCCAAGUCAGGAUGGUGUGUGUCUUGUAGGGGAACUUGCAGCUUGUCGGGUUCUUGUACCUGUUCGCUGAGCCGUCCUCCUAGAUAUUAUAAAUCACAGGUUUGAAGGGUCCCGUCUAAGAAGCCUUGGUGAGCUCCUGUGGUGUACAUUGAAGAAGGUGCACAGUGCUGCCACUAUGCAUCAACAGUAUGGAAGUGAAUGUUGAAGCUGGUGGAUGUGAUGCCAGUUGAGUGGCUGUUUUACCUAGGGGGUGUCACGCUUCUUGAGUAUUGUUGGAGCUGCACUCAUAUAGGCAAAUUCCAUCACACUUCUGCUAUAUGUCUUAUGGUUGGUGAACGGGCUUCGGGGAUUCAGGAGGUGAGUUCCUAGCCUCUGACCAGAUCUUAGCUGGUCCAGUUCAGUUUCUGGUCAAUUGUUGCCGCAGAAUGUUGAUAGCAGGAACAUUCAGUAGUGAUGGUAAUGCCAUUGCAUGUCAAGGGAAAAUGGUUAGAUUCUGUCUUGUUGGCAACAGUCAUUGCCCUGACACAGUGUGAGCAUGGAUGUUAGUUGUCUUUUAUCAGCCCAAACCUCAAUGUUAUUCAAGUCUUGCUGCAUAUGUACACAGACUGCUUUAAUAUCUGAGCAGCUGUGAAUGGUAUUGAACAUUGUACAAACAUCUGCGAACAUCCCCACUUCUGACUUUAUGUGGAGGGAAGAUCAUUGAUGAAGCAGCUGAAGAUGGUUGGGCCUAGGACACUAUCCUGAGGAACUCCUGCAGAGAUGUCCUCAGACUGAGAUAAUUGACCUCCAACAACCACAAGCAUCUUCCUUCAUGCCAGGGAUGACUCCUACCAAUGGAAACCUUUUCCCCUGAUUUCUAUUGACUUAAGUUUUGUGAGGGCUCCUUGAUCUCGGUCAAAUGCUGCCUUGAUGUUAAGGGCAGUCACUCUCAUCUCUCCUCAUCUCAUCCAUACUGCAGGUUCUAAUUUGACUCGUAAAUCAGAAAAAAUGCUUUACAAAGUUACAAUAACGUGAGUUAACGGAAGAAGCACUGCAGGCAGCUGCCAUGUAUCAAGCAAGCCGCUGUGUGAUAUGAAGUUAUUGCAAUAUUCUAUAAGAGUAUUUUUCAAUGUAGAGUACACUAUAAAAUAAAUGUUUAAUUAUGAGUGAAAAUUUGAAAA